AUGGCUCCCCUCAGAGUCCUCAUAUGUGGUGGUGGCUGCGCCGGACCUGCUCUAGCCUUUUGGCUCGCCCGCGACGGCCAUCAUGUCACCGUCGUGGAGAGAUUUCCCGCACUCAGAGCAACAGGUGCACAAAUCGACCUUCGCGAACAAGGCAUCGAGGUCGUCAAGCGCAUGGGCCUCCUUGAUGCCGUCCGGUCAAGAUUGGUUGAUGAAGCCGGUGUGUCAUUCGUUGACUCGAACGGCAAAGUCAUCGGGACAAUCAUGGCGAACACAUCGGGGAAGGGUGCUCAGUCUCUGACAUCAGAGUACGAGAUUAUGCGAGGGGAUCUUGUUCGGUUAUUGUACGACGAAACGAAGGACAAGGUCAACUACGUGUUUAACAAGACCGUCGAGAGUUUCGAGCAGGAUGAGAAGCAAGUCCUUGCCCACUUCUCCGACGGCACAUCCGACACUUUCGAUCUCUUGGUUGGAGCUGACGGCCAAGGGUCAAGAAUCCGGAAGGCAAUUCACCCUGGAGUGCAAGAUCCCUACCGUCACCUAGGCCUUCACAUGGCUUACUACUUCAUCCCGCGUGAGGAGGCAGACAACAAUAUUCGCAGGACAUAUCUUGCGGCUGGAGGCCGAAUGAUCAUGCGCAGAAGUCACAAUCCCACAGAAACCCAAGUCUACUUCGUGCUCAAAGACAAUACUCCUGAAACAUCCAGUAUACACAGGGCAUCAGCUGAGCAACAAAAAGAGUUCUGGGCGCAAAAGUUCCGCGGUUGCGGUUGGCAGUCGGAUCGGUUUCUUGAAGGCAUGAAGACGACAGACAACUUUUACAGCCAAGAGGUGGUUCAGGUCUGUGUUGACACAUGGCACAAAGGCCGGGUGGUAUUAUUAGGAGACGCAGCACAUUGUCCAUCCCCCUUCAGCGGCAUGGGAACUACGGGCAGCUUUGUUGGAGCAUACGUGCUGGCGGGUGAACUGAGUCGAAACCCAGACGACCUGUCCCUGGCCUUGGCAAACUACGACAAAACACUGCGCCCAUUCGUCAAUGAGAUCCAGAACGUGAACGCAACUGCUAUCCGAAUGACAAUCCCCGACUCGCACUGGGGCGUUGCUAUUAUUCACUGGGUUGCCUGGUUGGUUUGUCUUCUUCGCAUUCCUGCAUUGUUCUCGAGGUUUUCGAGCGAGGAGAAGGGCGGCUGGCCAUUGCCGGAUUACCCAGAGCUCAAAUACAACCAGUAG